AUGGCUAGAAAUGGUAUGGGUGCCACGUUGCAAAGGCCACUAUACGCCUCCCCGUUGGCUGAAUUUAUUCUCCAAGCCGAGGCGCCAAGGGGAAUGAAGGUGCCUAAGUACACUAAAUUUGGGAGAGAAUCUGGUGAACCGACAAUAGAGCAUGUUGCCAGAUAUCUAACAGAGUCAGGAGAUCUAGCUAAUAAUGAAUGUUUAAGAGUAAAAAACUUUCCCUCUUCUCUGACUAAGGCUGCCUUCACAUGGUUUACUUCUUUGGCCUCAAGUUCAAUUGAUUCAUGGGCCAAAUUAGAAAAGAAGUCAUUAAAGGCUAGAUGUUUCACGCAAGUGCCAGAACAUGAGCUUGUUCAGAUGGUUGCAGGGGGGUUAGAUUAUUCCAUUAGGAAGAAAAUAGACCCAACCUUUGUGAAAAGUAUGUCACAAUUGGCCGAUAGAGUUCGACAUCUCGAACGGCUAAGGUUAGAAAAAGUUAGACACAAUAAGUCUAAGAAAGAAAAAGUAGCGUUUGUCGACUACGACGCAACAGACCCAAUAUAUGAGGCUGAUUAUGCUUCAUCGACCGAUUUAGAAAUCGACAUGGCUGAGUUAAAGCCAGGGUCGGCCUACGAGUGUCGAUCAUUACUUCCUGCGCAAGGAAAAAAUCCUGUAAAAAACAAUCCAAAAUUCCCUGCGAAAACUUACACUUUUGAUGUGACAAAGUGUGAGGAAAUUUUUGACCUGUUGUUCAAAGAUGGCCAAAUGGUGGUACCACCUGGUACUAAAAUACCACCGGAUCUGGUUCAGAAAGCGAUUCAAGAAGGCAUGCUGAAGUUUGCUGGCCGCAGAAUGAAGAUCGACGCUGAUCCUCUCCACCAGGAGGAAGCCCUAUUUGUGGAGCCAGUCAAGAUCAACAUGGUCGAGAUCACCGAAUACGAUGAGGCCGACAUGCUGAAGCAAACCGGGGAAAGCCCAGAUGUUGAUAUAGCUGAAGUUUACCCAAGGGCUGAUGAAGACUUGGUAGAUUUCCUGUAUCGAUGUGUAUACAUGCGUUUUUGA